ACUCAUAUCGUCAAGAGUCUUAUCAGUUAUUAAUACAUAUAAAAAAAGUAAGACAAAAAAAAAAACACAUUUAAUAGUGCUCCGAAUAGGUGUGGGUCCCAUUCGCCUUCCAGAUUCUCUCUCUCUCUCUCUCUCUCUCUCCACUGGACUUCCCUUUAUAAUAAACUUAGAUAUCCCUCCUCUCCAAUUCCCCCACACAAUUUUUUAAGCAAGAGCAAACAGUGUGUGUAGAGAGAGAAUGGAGCUUCUCACCCCUCGCCCUGCGAAUUCUAGCCCUCUUACCCCUCUGAUUUUCUUGGACAGAGCCGCCACCGUCUACGGCGAUUGCCCCUCCGUCGUAUACAACUCCACCACCUACACUUGGUCCCAGACUCACCGCCGAUGCCUCCAGCUCGCCUCCUCCCUCGCCACAUCCCUCGGCAUCUCUCCCGGCGACGUCGUCUCCGUCGUCGCCCCCAACAUCCCCGCCAUGUACGAGCUCCACUUCGCCGUCCCUAUGGCCGGUGCCAUCCUCAACAGCCUCAACACCCGCCUCGACCCCCGCACCAUCUCCGUCCUCCUCCGCCACUGUGAAUCCAAGCUUAUCUUCGUCGACUGCCUCUCUCGAUCCCUCGUCCUUCAUGCGCUCUCCCUGUUCCCCCCCUCCACGCCCCGCCCCCGCCUUGUCUUCAUCCCUGACGAUACCGAGGCGGACACUGCCGCCGCGUCAUCCGACGUCAGCGCCACCGCUGAUUUCUGCGCCACGUACGAGAAUUUGAUCGAAAAGGGCGACCCGGGGUUCGAGUGGGUCCGACCCAAAAACGAGUGGGACCCGAUCACCCUCAACUACACCUCCGGAACGACGUCGUCGCCCAAGGGUGUGGUCAACUGCCACCGUGGAGUUUUCAUCAUCACCGUUGAUUCGCUAAUCCAGUGGUCGAUUCCCGCGCAGCCCGUUUACCUGUGGACUCUCCCCAUGUUCCACGCCAACGGGUGGAGCUACCCGUGGGGGAUGGCCGCCGUCGGCGGCACCAACAUCUGCUUAAGGCGGUUCGACGGCGCAGUCAUCCGCCGCGCCAUUACUACCUACGGCGUCACCCACAUGUGCUGCGCGCCCGUUGUGCUCAACAUGCUCGCCAAUUCGGACCCGACCCCGAUCCAGACUCCCGUCCGGGUCAUGACCGCCGGGUCUCCGCCGCCGGCCACCGUGCUAUUCCGGACCGAAGCUCUCGGGUUCAUCGUGUCCCACGGGUACGGGUUGACCGAGACGGGGGGGAUCGUGAUCUCCUGCGCGUGGAAGCCGCAGUGGAAUCGGCUGCCGGCGACGGAGAGGGCGAGGCUGAAGGCGAGACAGGGAGUAAAGACGAUCUCGAUGACCGAUGUUGACGUGCUGGAUCCUCGGACGGGAAAGGGCGUGAAGAGAGACGGGUCGACUCAGGGGGAGAUCGCUUUGCGGGGCGGGUGUCUCAUGCUUGGUUACCUGAAAGACCCCGAGGCGACGGCGAAAACCAUGAAAGACGACGGGUGGUUCUACACCGGCGACGUGGCGGUGAUGCACCCGGAUGGGUAUUUGGAAAUAAAAGACAGAUCGAAGGAUGUGAUCAUAAGCGGAGGGGAGAAUCUGAGCAGCGUGGAGGUGGAAUCGGUGCUGUACACGAAUCCGGCGGUGUACGAGGCGGCGGUGGUGGCGCGGCCGGACGAGUACUGGGGGGAGACGCCGUGCGCGUUCGUGAGCUUGAGGCCGGAGGAGGCGGGGGGGACGACGGAGAAGGAUCUAAUGGAGUACUGUAGGGCAAGGUUGCCGCACUACAUGGCGCCGAAGACGGUGGUGAUCAAGGAGGAGCUGCCGAAGACAUCCACGGGGAAGAUCCAGAAGUUUCUGCUGAGGGAGAUGGCGAAGCAAAUGGGUUCGUCAAAGGUGAGUCGCAUGUAGAGUCUAGACCAGGAGGCGGGUGGAUUGUGACUGUCCGAGUUGACUCACCGGGCUCAAAAAACCUUGUCUGGUAUCCUAGAUUAUCCGGGAUGGAUAGUGGAAGCCACUUUUUGGUGCCUGGGUAUGCUCCAGCUUUAUCGUGAUCGUAUAAGACGCGUUUCUGUUCUUUUUCAAAUGGGCCUCUAUAAUAUUUCAAUUUUUUUUUUUUUUGUGAUUUUAAAUUGAAAAAAUUAAUAAAUUAAUGACAUAUUUUAUUUUAA